UAUUGUUUUUUUUAGUGUGAUUAACACCGAGACCUGGGCUCAUAGCUCGGUUGUGACAUCCCGACCUCAUUUCAGUUGUUAUUGAGAGAUCUUCACGGAAGCACUACACGCCGCGCCAUGAAGCACUUGAGGUCCCUCGUUGUUCUUCAAGAGUACAUGUUAGGAGCGAGAACUUUACAGGCUGUUGAGAUCUUAAGAUGUUUUUCAUUUUGAGAAAUGCCGCGAAUCUCUUGAAAGGCUUUCAAUCGACUCUCUUACGCAAGUAGGCGGCUCGUUGACAGUAAUCCGAUCUUGUUAUGGCGAUAUAGCCAUUUGCUGAGUUGCCCAAACCAUCGAAUUUUUUAAACACUAAUUAGUGGUUGUUUGGAAGAACGGGUGCUAAUGGUUUGGCGGACAGACAAUGAAAUUCGUCAGUCCAAUUCUUGUCUUCGAAGCGUUGCUCUUAUCCAAACGGUUUCGGUGAGGGUAUCUCUUCACAAACUAUAACAAACAAACACAAUUACGAGUUCGCACUCGCGAGUAAAAAAGCGAGGGCAGAAAAUGAAAAGAGACACAUCGAUUCCGGGCGUAAAAUUUUAAUCCUCGCUAAUUGAACUGUAUUAGGCGUUUUAGGUGAUAAUGUUUAUUUAUGAACUCCGCAUUGUUGAGUUUGUAUGUCAGUCAGUUCUAUGGAACACGCGAAAAACAGAAACACUUUGUAUGUCGAAAUUUCUAUUGAUCUACGAUAUUCACUGAGCGAAAUUAAAAUAUCUUCACCGUAAUGCCAUAAUGGGCUGCCUGUCGCUCACAAAGUGACACAAGCAAACAGUUUGUUUGGAUGGGUUGGUUGGUAAGCAAAUAAGUUUAGCGACGUAAUACCCUCUUGUACUUCAUUCUUGACUGUGAAAUAUUUAUGAGACAGCACUAAAACGAUCGAUUAUCCUAAACUUGUACAAGACUCGUUUCUCUGACUCCGACAAGACGGCUAUUUCGCGGGCAGAAUUUUCCCGUGCGGUUCAGAACGGAGACACAUCUUGUUAAAAUAAAGCUGAAAGUCAAACCUGCCAAUGAAAGGAGAACAAUGAAAAACCCCCUUUACACGAGGCGAGGAACAAACUUUGCCUGCAUACUUGCCAAUAUAACUUAAGUACGGAGAAAAUUCAUUAACAGGUGGAUGUAGGCACGAGCCUUGGGCAACAGUCCCAGCUAAUGAAAAUUAUAAAGUCAAUUCAGAGCUUUUAUUUUUCAAGAAUUCCUCUUGGAAUUGAACUCCACUCCGCCGCGUGCGACGGGCACGAAGCCAACGAGAAUACGUUUGUACCCGUUUGGUGAUAAUUACAGUUCUUAAAAUGUACCUGUUAACGAUGAAAAACGCUAGGCACUGCUCAAAUAACGCUAGCAGAGAAAAAAAAAUUGCGUGGGACGCCCAAUGUUUUUCCAGUUUUCAAACAAAACGCGAAAGCCUUCUUCUGAGUUGACGGGAGGAAUAUUUCGUUUUGCAUUACCCAAGUUCAGUUAAUGCACUCAAUUUUCGCUCAAGUACUACUAAGGCCAACAACGGCUGGAUUUUCAAAGUAAAUGAUAUAAGAAUUACCUUUCAGGUGUUUUGUAGUGCUAUUUACUUUGGGGAGGACGCGAGCUAGUCUUGUAAAAAAUAUUUAACUACUUGUAUAUCUCAGUCCUAUUAAUAGCGUUCUCAUUGUAGAUAUAAAAGCAAGCUUUUUAUUUUGUGCUUUCUUUUGUGAUGAUCUUGACGGUUCUGACCCAUCACAACGUAAACAUUUCGCUUUUUAGGGGAAAAUAUUAAAAUACGAGAGAGCCAUUAAAGCAGCGUUUAUAAUGCCACAAUCAAACGAACAUUCGCGUAAUUAAAAUGUUGACAGUUUUUAAAAGUUUUACGAAUAAUAAGUGGAAUGCCAUUUGUCGAACAAGCCAAACACCCGGCCGGUCCGCGCGCGAAAUAAUACAUUUGUCCUUACCCGGUCAAUAAGCAACCACUUAGAAAAAGUGGUAUUUUCUCAAGCAUCGAGUCUAUAAUCCAAAAAAUAAUAAAAACAAUAAUAAAUAACGCGAACUAGACGGCUAAAUGCGUGCGUGCUUUUGUAAAUAGGUUUCGACAAAACUAGGGGAAGAAAAAAACGAAAACCGGUGUGAUUAGUAGAGGUGCAAAUUUUCCUAGAUUUUAUCGCUGAUCUAGCAGCUCGUUCUUCCGAUCGCCCAUUAGUCGGUAUUCAAGCUUUCAACUUCGAUUACAUCGAUCUUUCAGAAACUGAAGAGGCGUGUAUAAGGGGAAUAUGAACAACGUUCUUGAGCAGUUUCGAUGGCACCAGAGAGACGAGGAGUGGUGGUCUCUUGAAAUUAAGUUUGCGACGUCAGAAUCGCAAUAAGGUGCCUCAUUGAAGGUGAAGCCAUGGUUGUUUGAGUUCUAAGCGGGGGAAAUAAGUAUUCGGGUCUGCCCGCCCAGCGUGACAUGUCAAAUGAAGCCUUUUAGGGCAGAUCUGUCACUCGAAAGGGGUUUACUUGUGACAGGGCAUUCAAUUGCUAUCUUUCUAAUUAAUUGUGAUGUCAACUUCGUCACCACCUUAACCUAUCAAUAGAGGUUGACUUAGGCGAAUUUAGGCAACAUUUGUUUAACGUCAAACAUCUUGUUCACCACUCGAGAGUCUGGGCACGCCCCGAUCUAUAAGAAGUUGCUGUGAGCCGCCGCGGAUACGAGCAUGACUGGAGUGCGAGUGCGUUCGGCUUAGUAAAUGGCAGUCAACUGAGACCCAUGUACACAAUUGACCGGCCGUUCGAGAUGACUUCGUUCUCCGUCAAGGACAUCCUCAAUUUACCAGAAGCCGGUCUGUGCCCGUCUAAAAGCGAAACAACGCGUGAAUCCUCACCGAAUUAUCAUAGCCCCGGCGGAAACACUCGUACUUCGUCAUGUGGUUCAGUAGUGUGUAAUCAAGGCCAAGAGUGCUCAUAUACAAAUGCACAUCCGAGCCCGACAGAAAAGCCCUCGACCUCCUCGGCGAGUAGCCACGAAAUAAGUGAACAAGAGGAAACGCCAGAUGACCUGAGUGAUCCGCCAAAAAAGCGGAAACGGCGAGUGCUCUUCACCAAGGCGCAAACAUACGAACUUGAAAGAAGGUUUCGACAACAACGAUAUUUAUCCGCUCCCGAACGAGAACAGCUCGCCCGGAUUAUCAACUUGAGCCCGACGCAGGUGAAAAUUUGGUUUCAGAAUCAUCGGUAUAAAUACAAGAAACAGAGCUUCGAGAAAGGAGUGAUGAAUGAAGGAGCUCCUUUGUUCACUCCAAGAACUGUACCAGUGCCCGUGCUAGUACGAGAUGGCCAGCCUUGUCAUGGCGGCACGGUCAAUAAUUUUGGAUAUUUACGUCAUGAUCCUACGGACUUCUAUCAUUUUCCUCCAGUAACUUCAUCUUACAUCGCUCCAAGCAAUCCGUAUUGGAACUGGUAGCACAAACAUUCAAUUACAACGUGUGUUGUGCGAAGAAACCUAGAACAAUGCGGGUCUCUCCUUCAAGCAGGCUGUCACGAUGAAGGCUACAAAGUCAAUUGUAAGCUUAUAUGCCAACAUUCUCAAAAUCCUUAACUCCAAAGAACCACUUUAUUUAAAUAAUCGUACGCUUUGCUCUGGAUGUAAUGGUUUUAGUUUAUAUUCUAAGAGUUUUCUUUGGAGUCGCGUCAACGUUGCGUUUUCGUGUGACUCAACAGCUGUUCGAUGUCCUUCUCGAGUGUGAUUUGAAAACAUUUUGUUUUGAGCUUUUAAAAACUGUAAGUAGCCAGAUUUUAUAGGAAACAAUUUUAUAGGUUUUUCUUUAGCGCGAAAAAGUUUGAUUUUGUAGUUAUUUUUUAUAUUAUAAGUUGCUAGGUAGCUUUAAAAAUUGUUCUUAAUGCUUUUAGUAAAUGCACGUCUGAAAUUAAGACGAUAGUGAUAAGGGUUCAUCAUUCUUCAAGGGAUAAUCCUUUCCAAGCCAAACUUAAAUUCUAAUUACAAUUCUUCUCAUCCUUACUAAAAUGCUGGUUGUUUGAGCUUGGCAUAAACGUCAACGGCUAUUAGUUCGCUCUUUCUCAGUAAAAUCGUUUCACAUUACCGCACGAAUUGUCAGAAAACAUUACAACCGCAAUGGGACACGACUGGAUGAAUCAAAUUUGACAACGCGAUGUUUGGCAAACAACACGUCUCGUUCUACUUAAAGGAUUUUAUGAGAUGCUCUCUCGCACCUGAGUUGACAGGACUCUCGCACUAAGAGUUUUGCUUUUGUGAAAUCAAACAAGCAAGGAAAUUCUGUCAUUAGGGCAUCAGUACCAGUUUGUUUCCCUCUUGAGGUGAAAAUCAGGAAAAGGUUGUUGCUGGAUUGAGUCAUGUUAUGAAGCGGAGCGUAUGAAUGCCAUAAUUGAUUGUCGUUCGUGUUUACUCGAUGAAAAAAGAGGAGGGGUUUCUGUAAUUUCCAAGAAUGGAUCUUUAGCAAAUUGAAUCAACGUUCGUUUGCUUUCAGAUUAGGCAAGAAAUAACAGAGACGUUUAUAGACAACAAAGAGAGACGCUUCGUUGCCACAGAGUUUGAGCAAAUUAGAAUACGUUAUCGACUUUUAAACACGAAAAACUCUCAUUGUAGCGGAGGGAUAGCACGUUGUUCAAAAAGCUAAACUUUGUUGCUUCAACGCUUCAGUUUUCGCCUGGUAUUGGGACAAAGACCUUGUUAAUGAAAGAAAAACGCAAUAAAUCGUGAAGAAAACACUAUGAAUAAAACAUUAAUCCACUA